AUGGGUAAUCCAAUCGAUGCCGAAAGCUUCACGACUGUGCAACACAUUCGUUCCAAAAUUCUCAAUCCUAAUUUUACGACACAACAGCAUAUAGACCUUGUUAACGAAUAUGGUGCUUCUUCGUACAAGGCCGCUAUUUAUUCCUUAUCCGAUCAUAAUGUCGCUCUUUCUGUAGGAACUAAAGCUCGUACUGUUGUUGCAUUAUGGGCAACUAAGAAUUACGCUAUUGUUGACGAAUUCCUUACCACAAUGGUCCCAGCUGAGGUGUUCAAGACGGUGCAGUUACUAGAUGCGCCCCGAAAAGCCAGACAAUGGCAAAAGAAGCUCGAUUACUACACAGCAAAAGGAUUCAACGUUCGCGCAACUACAAAAGCUAGAAUUCAACAAGAAAUCAACAAUUCCAGCCAGGAAAGUCAUUCAUCUAAUUUGACCAGUUCAUUUGCGAGGAGAAUACGCAAGUGGUGUAAAUCAUUUCCUCAGCAUCGAUUAGACUUUUUCCUGCUUAAUUUUACUAAAGAACCCUGGAAGGAAUUGGCUGAUUUGGUGCACCUCCGUGCCAGUGACUUUCAAGCACCAUAUUUCCUUCCGAUGAUUUAUGGUGCCGAGGCACCACCCGACUCUUCCAUUGCCGCAUACACAAACAUAACAACCGAAAAUCUCGAGAAUGUCCUUGUAGCUCAUCCAUAUUUAACAGAAUGUUAUUCUUAUAUUAGGCAAAAAGUCAAAAAUAACGACAUUGUACUAAAUGACACUCAUAAGACCAUUCUAGUUCAACGCGCGCCUCUGGAAGACGUCUUGUGGUUCUACGAAGAACUAUGCUGUGCAGAAGCUAAUACAGCGAUUACUACGCGUUUACUUAAUCGCGAACCAUUGAUGUCCGUUCAUGGGAGAGCUAAUUAUUCAAAAUUGAUGGAAAGAAUCCUUACAUUCCGAAAACUGAAUUUGCCGUUUGUCGGUCAACUGAUGGAUUACGCGGAAGAGAAGUUAGCAACAAUCGAACUACCUGAGGGGGAGCAACAUUCAGUAGCCGUGUUCGGAGACUGUUCGUCAUCCAUGGGAGUUGCCGUACAGGUUGCUACAAUUAUCGGAUCGUUGCUAUCGGUAUACUUAAAGGCGGAUCUGACGUUCUUCAACAGUGGAAUCGUUCAUCCACCACUAAUCCCAAGGGGCGCGGCAGACGUGAUUACAGUGACCGAGACUAUUCGCGCUAACGGAUCUACCUCACCGGCUGCCACAUUAUAUCCUUAUUACGAAGAACACAAGCACGUUGAUGUGUUCAUCGUUGUUACGGACGAGGAAGAGAAUACACGCUCCCAUUCCUAUAGCUUUGCUUCUCUCUUUAAAAAGUAUCGUGAGGAGAUUGUGCCGCAUGCUCAAGUAUUCUUUGUCAGUUUUCUUAAAGGUAACGAUCGCGGUCAAAUGAUAACUGCACUAGAACGCGAAGGAAUCACGGAUGCACAACAAUUUCGAUUAGAUGGCAAUCGCCCUGACUUGAGCAAGUUUGAUGAGUUAUUGGGUGUGCUGGCCAUAGAAUUAGUUGCUAUUCAACAGAAGAAACAGUGA